UGGUAAUGUGUGAUCUAUGCAGGUUGGAGAGACUCUUCUUAAAAUGGUUGUUGAGGGAGCUCAAGUUCCAACACAGAAUCAUGAUGUUACUGAAAAUAAUAUUUCUCAUUGUUCUGAGGGUGAGGUAAAUAAAAGUAAAACUUGUGGAGUCCUAUCAACACCAGCUGUGCGACACCUUGGUAAGCGAUAUGAUAUAAAUCUAAAUGAUGUCCAUGGAUCUGGUAAAGAUGGGAGGGUAUUAAAAGAAGAUAUAAUUAAACACGCUAUUCAGAAAGGAAUCAUUAAAGAUUCCUCUGGCUUUGAGAAUGCUGAUUCUGGAGACCAGUUUUUGAGAGGUGAAAAGGACUACUCAUACGUGCCAGCUGAAUUAGGCUCACAACACGGUGAUAAGGCAAUUCCUCUAAGGGGAUUCCAACGCACAAUGGUGAAAACAAUGUCAAUGGCUGCAAAAGUUCCACAUUUUCAUUAUGUAGAAGAGAUAAAGUGUGAUGCAUUGGUGGAGCUUAAAGAAAGUUUCCAAAACAAUAACACUGAACCAGGUGUGAAGCAUACUUUCCUUCCAUCUUUGAUAAAGUCACUUUCAGUGGCCAUCAGCAAAUAUCCAUGGAUUAAUAGUCGCUUCAAUGAGGACUCAAUGGAGGUCAUCCUGAAAGGUUCCCACAAUAUUGGAAUUGCCAUGGCUACUCCAUCUGGUCUAGUUGUACCAAAUAUAAAGAAUGUUCAGUCUCUUUCCAUCUUGGAGAUAACAAAGGAGCUUUCGCGGUUGCAACAAUUGGCCUUGGCUAAUAAGCUUAACCCGGAGGAUAUAACUGGUGGAACAAUAACACUAAGCAACAUUGGAGCAAUUGGCGGGAAGUUUGGUGCUCCCAUCCUCAACUUGCCUGAAGUGGCAAUUAUUGCAAUUGGCCGAAUUCAGAAAGUGGCUCAUUUUGCAGAUGAUGGAAAUGCAUAUCCUGUAUCAGUUAUGACGGUAAAUAUUGGUGCAGAUCAUAGAGUUUUGGACGGGGCGACUGUUGCAAGAUUUUGCAAUGAGUGGAAACAGUUGAUUGAAAAACCAGAGCUGCUCAUGUUGCUUAUGAGAUGACUUCCUUGACUGGUUGCAAGAUGACAGGGGGUGGGGAAUUCUAAUUUCUGGAAAUCGUAUUCAAUAAGAUUUAAAUCGUGAAUUGUAAGUACUAGAAAUCAUGAAUAACAAGUGUGUGCGCUCAUUUAGUCCAUGGAUGUCCAAUGCCGGGAUUUCUUACUGCCU